AUGUUGCUUACACCUAAACUUGAUCACAUCACCACAGCCGAUUAUGAAAAUGUCUAUGAGCCAGCAGAAGACACGUUUCUAUUUAUGGAUGCACUUGAAAAAGAUGCCAAUUUAAUUAAAGAACAAGUGAAGCCAAGCAUUUGUUUAGAGAUUGGAUCAGGAUCGGGUUGCAUAUCGACUUUUCUUGGUCAGUUACUUGGCGAUAGUAGUAAAUCACUUAUCCUAUGUACUGAUAUAAAUCCGUAUGCUUCACAAAUAACACUUAAAACUGGUAAAUCAAACAUGAUCCAACUUGAUCCCAUAUUAACAGACUUGACAUCCGGUCUUUUACCUCGCCUCCGUCAUUCUGUCGAUAUAUUGUGUUUCAAUCCACCUUAUGUGGUCACGCCGUCAGAGGAGGUGAAUUCUUCGAAUCUGAUCGAGAAAGCGUGGGCGGGCGGCGUUGAUGGAAGGGAGGUGAUAGAUCGGACGUUGCCGUUGGUUGAUGAAUUAUUAUCUGCGCGUGGCGUAUUCUAUUUGUUGGUUAUAAGCGAAAACAAGCCAGAUGAUAUACGAAUAAUCAUGCAAGAACGAUAUAAGUUCCAAUCAGAGGUUGUCUUAUCACGACUUUCGGGAAGAGAGAAAGAGAUUAUUCUAAAGUUUAGACGGUGA